AUGAAAUCGCAACCCAAAAUUGCAGAAGAAAAUAAUGGAAAACAACGACGAGAAGAUGAACCAAUCAAAAUUCAGAGAAAAAUAAUAAUAAAAAUCUCAGACCCAGAUGCUACAGAAUCAUCAUCUUCAGAAGAAGAGGAACAAGGAAAGAGACAAUCAAGAAAACAGCAGCCAAAGCUCACUGUUCAUGAAAUUUUUCAAGAUAAGGUAAAAACUACAACUUUUUCUAGCAAAUUGCCAUCUGGGGUUCGAAAGAGAAAAUGGGGAAAGUAUUGCGCUGAGAUUAGAGACCCAUUUAACAAGAAAAGAAUUUGGUUGGGUACUUUUAAUACUGCUGAAGAGGCUUCUCAAGUUCAUCAGUCUAAGAAACUUGAGUUUGAGGGAAAAUUAAAAAUGGCCAAAAUUGCAAAAACAAAGAAGGCUAUUUCUGAAAAAUCUGAACUUGAGAGUCAGACCUCAGAUUCAUCAAAUGGGGUUGAAGAAUUGUUGAUGGGGCAGUGGAUACAAAUUUCAGAUGAUAAAGAAGUUUAUUUUUCAUUGAAAUUGGGGGUUCCAAUUGUUGAUAAUUAUGGAUUUUUAUUAGGUGAAUUUAGUGAAUUGGAUGAUCUUAGUAUUUCUGUCUGUGAUGUAGAAAAUGAUCUCUGA